UCCUGCCAUUCAGAAGCCAGGGGGAAUAUCAACUGGUCAAACAGACCUACCUGUUACUUCAAAGCAGUGGUUUCUACUGGGGCUCUCUCUCCAUGGGGGAUGCCCAUCACAUGCUCAGAGAAACCGCCCCGGGAACCUUCCUCAUCAGGGACAGCUACCAGUGCAACGUGUUCUUCACGCUGAGCUACCAAGGGGAAGACCACCCCAAGAGCAUCCGUCUGCUGCUGGCCAAUCACCUGUUCGGCAUGGACGGCAGCAGCAAGACUUUUGAUUCACUGUUUGCCCUGCUGGUCCACUACAUCACCUCCUCCAAGAAGAUCGUGGCGCCGUACCGCUGGCAGCGGCCUGAGACGCUGCAGCAGCUGGGCAGGAGGGCGGUGAUCCGGGCCCACGGGGCCCACGCCAUCGACUCUCUGCCUGGACUCAGUGCCCAGGUUAGGGCCUACCUCCACGCCUACCCGUUCUGGGUGUAGGGAGGCGGCCAGCGGGACACAGAUACAUUGGUUAAGGCCCUUGGGGGAUGUGCGUAUCAUUAGCAUGCUGUACUUGAUGGGAUUGAUGAACUGUACUCAUUUUAUGAUGUUUCGUGUGAAAUAUUGUCUUGUGGAGAAAGACUUGAAAUUGGGAUGCUGGAGUGUGAAGAUAACCGAUCGGUUGUGUAGUGGGUAUUACAGUGUGAGUUAUUUACAAAAUAAAUAAUUAAUGGUUUUAUAUAUGAGAUGAAUGAGUAGCUGUCAAUCUACUGUCGGCUGUUCUACUUCCUGUUCUAUAUAAGAGAAUCGCGCAUGGCCCCUUGUUCUAAAUUAGAUCUGCACCAGAGUAACCCACACGCACCCACAAUCUCUAUCACACACAGAAAAAUACACCUGAGCGUGCUCACACACAAACACACACACACACACACAAAGAUAACCCAGAACACACACACAAAUAUAUGCACAUACAGACAGACUCGCACACACAAGGGUAACUUGCAAAAACAUAUACCACACACACACACACACACACAC